AUGUCACUUUCUCCAAUAGAAAAAGCAGCUUCAGGUGCAUUAGCAUCAGCAAUUGCCAAUACAUUGGUAUAUCCAUUAGAUUUGAGUAAAGUCUUGAUUCAAACUCAAGUCAAAAAAACUAAUAAACACAAAGGUUCAACAUCAUCUUCUUCAUCCACAGCAUCUUUACCAACUCCACCACAAUCAGAAUCCGACAAUUUCGAAGAAUCCAUACAAGGUAAAGAUGGUUUAAAAUAUAAAAAUACAUUAGAUGUAUUAAAACAAAUUUAUGCUAAAAAAGGUGUUUUAGGAUGGUAUCAUGGAUUAUUUUCAACUGUUGUUGGAACAGCAGCUCAAAAUUUCUCAUACUUUUAUUGGUAUUCAAUAGUCAAAAAAGUUUAUGCAAAUUUAUAUAAACAUAUUCCAAAUCAUAAAGCUAAUACAGCAACUGAAUUAUUUUUAGGAGCAUUAGCAGCAGCAAUAUCACAAUGUUUUACAAUGCCAAUUGGUGUUAUAACAACUCAACAACAAACAGAUAAACAACAUAAAAAUUUAUUUCAAUUAAUUAAAGAAAUUUUAGAUCAAGAUGGUGUUACUGGAUUAUGGAGAGGUUUAAGAGUUUCAUUAGUUCUUUGUAUUAAUCCAUCUAUAACAUAUGGAUCAUAUGAAAGACUAAAACAAAUAAUAUAUGGAAAUAAAGAAUUUUUAGGUCCAUUAGAAAGUUUUAGUUUAGGAGUUUUGGCUAAAUCUUUAGCUACUGUUGCAACUCAACCAUUAAUUGUAUCAAAAGCAAUGAUUCAAAAGAAAGCUAAAACAAAACCAGCCGAUGGUGGUCAUAAUAAAAUUGCAGAAAAAUAUCAUGAAGAUGAAGAUGAUGAAGAUGAUAUUAAAUUUGAUCAUUUUACUGAUGCUUUAGCUCAUUUAUGGAAUACUGAAAAAUUCAAAGGAUUAUAUAAAGGUAUUGCACCACAAUUAUUAAAAGGUGUAUUUGUUCAAGGUUUAUUAUUUAUGUUUAAAGAUCAAAUAGAUUUAUUGUUCUUAUUUUUAUUAUCAUUAAUUAAAAGGAAUAAGUCCAUAGUUUCUAGACCUUAG